AUGGACGAAUGCUCCACCAGCGAGAUCGUGCCCGAUUUGAAAGAUUUAGAGGUGAAAAUCGGCCGGAAGACCCCCGAGGGUUUGCUCAGGUGGAUGAGGGAAGACGCGUCCUCCCUUCGGGGAGACGCCAAAGUGACCAAUCCUCACGACGUCAGCAAGGAGACGGACAGGAAGGGUUUGGAUGAAAAGAUUCGGAAACUGAAGAUGGAGAUGGCUCACUUGCGCUCGGUGGAUGUAAAGAUUCUGCAGCAGCUACUGGCAGUCCACGAGGGCAUCGAGGCCGUGAAGUGGCUCAUGGAGGAACGCAGCACGCUGACCAGCCACUGCAGCAGCCUGACCAGCAGCCAGUACAGCCUGGGCGAGGGCCCCGACACCUCCUGGAGAGGCUCCUGGAGCAGCCUGCAGGACCCCACCAACGACAAGCUAGACAACAUCUCCAUUGGCAGCUACCUGGACACCUUGGCGGAUGAGAUGGACGAGUACUGCCCCUCUAGCUCCGAGUCAGUCAUCUGUUCCACCACUCCGCUCGUCUCAGAAGCUGUUGCUGGGGCCCGUGCAGCAAGCAGGCCCGGGGCCGCGGGGCCAGUGGCGCCCGGAGCGGGGGUUCAGUCGGGCGCUGUGGCCGGGAGUGGCACCCUCUCCGGGACCAACGACAAUGGACCCGGGGACAGAAAUGGGAACGAGGUUAGCGGAGGAUCUGGUAAUGCAGUUAAUGGCGCCGCGGUCGGGACGGGGCUGAGGGGAAGUGAAACUGGAAAAACAGUUUGUGUCAGCUCCCCUCAACCUAAUUCGGGGGGCCCCAAACAAGACACUCCGGUCUGGAGCAAGACUUCAGAGAAGAAUAAGGGAAGCCCUGUCUUUAAGAACAGCACUCAGGCUCCGUCCGUUAAGUCCAACGGGGUUCCGCAGAAGCCAGCAACACAAACAGGCAGCCCGACUCGAGCAGGCCUCGGCGAAAAAGUGGAAACCAGCCCCAAACUCAAAGCUUACAAAAAUGGAAAGAUAGAUUUGGAAACAUGCAAAAUGAAUGGCAAAAUGCACCUGGAGUAUGAUGCACACUGGCGAUGGGUGCAGUCACAAGAAGAUGUGACUUUUUUGUAA